AUGCGGAAUCCCAUUGCCUGUGUUUCUUGUCGCAGCGCAAAGCAAAAAUGCAUCCAUCGCGACCGGCCGCCCUGUGAUCGCUGCCAUGCUGCUGGCCGGGGCGACUCCUGCCGUUUCGCCCCGCCAGGCACAUCAUUCCUUCAUAGACAGGCAAAGCGGCGGCGCCAAACUUCAGAGUUCUCUGCGGACUCGGCGGACGCCAGUGCGAGAGCUGCUCAUGGGGCGAGUUCGUCUGUCGAGGGUCAGGGCCCGCCCCAUGUCGCUGACGGGCUGAGCGUGCCGCUCGCAGACACGGACCCUUUCGACCUGCUUACUGACGAGGUCCGGAAUAGCUACUUACGAUGCUCCUACAAGUGGAGCUUCCAUCAUACGCCUACGUUCCUCUCUCGUGUCCGCGAGAAGUCGCUUGAACCCUGGGUCACGUGGUCGGUGUUGGCACUUUCUGUGAGGUUCAGUAGACAUGCUCCUGGCACUUAUGCUACGCCAACGGAAGCAAGCAAUGCCUUUGCCACACAUGCCAGACAGAUCCUGCAGCUUGAGCUGGAGACGCCUAGCAUCUCCCGCAUUCAGGCCUUGCUCAUGUUGACUGGUCAUGACUGGGGUGCCGGCAACGGACGCAGAGCCUGGUUUUACCUUGGCAUGGCCAUCCGCAUGGUCCAAAUCCUCAACCUCUGUGAAGAGACUCCGGCCCAACCCAACAGGACCCCGACGCGCCAAGAGUUCAUCGCUGCUGAGGAACGCCGUCGCACCGCUUGGACAUGCUUCCUCAUGGACAGUUUGCUAAGCGGUGGCAAAGGACGGAAGCGUACACUCUCUGCUGCAGACAUGCGUAUUCAAUUACCGUGCGAGAAAGAUAUGUAUGUGUUCGGGGAUCCUGUCAGAUGCGAGAGACUAGACCGGACGAUCACAGCAAUGCCACCACCGUUGCCAAUAGGAGACGUGGGCAUUGUUGGUUAUAGCCUGCGUGUCGCCGAUGUUUGGGGAGAAGUCGCUCGAUGGGCUUGUUCCAGUACCAUGAACGAAGAAUUGCCGUGGGACCCGGAUUCCAGGUUCCAACAGCUAUCUGCAUCCCUCCGAGCAUGGUAUCAGACUUUGCCUUCAAGGUUAAUAUACAACACGGAGACGUUGCAAGCACACAAUGCCCUAGAGCAGGGCCAAGCCUUCUGCUAUAUGCAUUCUAUUCACUUUAUGUCGCUCAUGUUCCUUCACCGAGCGUACCUUCCCGUCCUUGGUCCUGGCGAGGAACCACAGAGGGCUGGUCUGGGCACCCAAAGUUUGAGCGGCGAAGAUUGGGCUCAGUGGAGAAGAACUUCGAGGAAACAGCUCUUCGAAGUCGCUAGCAUGGUUUGCGACAUGGUCGAUGAAAUGAAGUCUUUUGGAUGGUAUUUCCUUCGUGGACUGGUACCUUGGAUAGGCUUCACCGUGUAUACCGCCGUUGGCGUGGUCGUUUACCGUUGCAACUUUCAUGGAGACGAGGAGCCCGAUCAAGCCGUGUCCGAUACAGGCAAGGAGCAAGUUAUAAACGGCUGCAACUUCUUAAAAGAAAUGAAAUACCAGUGGCCUAUGGCACAGCAAUGGUUUGAGACGAUCAAGCGCAUGCAAGCAUGCUAUCGACGGGUACAGAGUGAAGGAGGCUCUAGCAUACCGGACGCAGAACAGCGCACCAUCAGGAGCGCCAUGGUUGACUAUGGCGCGCUACAGCCUUCUCCAGUUCAAGCGGAAGAAGAGAUGUCUAUUCAGGUGAAUCCUGAAGUGGUCUCUAAUUCCAACGCCCUUGGUAGCAACAACCAGCUCGAUUCUCCUAAGCUGAUUGAUGACUAUACCAACGAAGAUGCGUUCCUCCAGGGGGAAUGGCUAGACUUUGAUAUUGGAGUUCCGGAUGCUGAACUUGACGCCAUGUUUAUGAACGCAACGCAGGAGUUUUGGGCAACUUUUCCAGGAGAAGUUGGAUAUUCGUAA